UAUCUGCUGCUAUUUGCAGUUUGCUGUAGCCAGGCUGAGCUUGAGCAGAAACCUGCAGCGCUUUUCUUGCCGCUCUUCUGUGAUGGAAACUGGCUCAAAAGGAAUGGCAUCUGAAUGGCAGCUGGAAGAAAAGAGGAAUCCAACCCUUACCCCUGACAGUACACGCAGCACGCCAAAGACAACCCAUUCCUCAGAACCUGAGCUCUAAGAGGACAGAGAAUGGCUGGAGGUAGAAGGAGGAACACAGGAACAGGGAUUAGACCAGGGUUAUAUGUGAGGUUGCUGGCAGUGAGCGUGUUACUGGGAGCUGAUCUGAGCUGGCUGGGCCUGAAAGACGGGGUUGGGGUCAGCGCCCAGAACAAUGAGAGAAGAGUAUUGGCACAUAUCCCUGGUGACAUCAUUAUAGGAGCCCUGUUCUCUGUCCACCACCAACCACCUGCAGACAAGGUCCACGAGCGAAAGUGUGGUGCGGUGCGUGAGCAGUAUGGGAUUCAGAGAGUUGAGGCCAUGAUGCACACUCUGGAUCGAAUUAAUGCAGACCCCACUAUCCUCCCGAAUAUCACCCUGGGCUGUGAGAUCAGGGACUCAUGCUGGCACUCUGCGGUGGCACUGGAGCAGAGUAUCGAGUUCAUUCGGGACACUCUAGUGUCCAGCGAGGAGGAGGAGAGCCAGGGCAGAUGCACUGUGGAGGCAGGGAGCAUGCUGCUCCAGGGGAAGAAGCCCAUUGUGGGUCUCAUUGGACCAGGAUCCAGUUCUGUGGCCAUCCAGGUGCAGAAUCUGCUCCAGCUUUUCAACAUCCCACAGAUUGCCUACUCAGCCACUAGCAUGGAUCUCAGUGACAAGAGUCUGUAUAAAUAUUUCAUGAGGGUAGUGCCGUCAGAUAUGCAACAGGCCAGAGCCAUGGUGGACAUUGUCAAGAGAUACAACUGGAGCUACGUGUCCGCAAUACACACAGAGGGUAAUUAUGGAGAGAGCGGCAUGGAGGCAUUUAAGGACAUGGCAGCAAAGGAGGGAAUCUGCAUCGCCCACUCUGACAAGAUAUACAGCAACGCAGGGGAACAGAGCUUUGAUAAGCUGUUGCAGAAACUACGAGGCCACCUGCCUAAAGCCAGGGUGGUGGCCUGCUUCUGUGAGGGCAUGACGGUCCGGGGCAUCCUGAUGGCCAUGAGACGACAACGCCUGGUGGGAGAGUUUCUGCUGGUUGGAAGUGAUGGCUGGGCAGACAGGUACGACGUCACUGAUGGAUAUCAGAAGGAGGCAGCAGGUGGAAUCACCAUAAAGCUAAAGUCUGCAUAUGUGACCUGGUUUGAUGAUUAUUACCUGAACUUGAGGCCUGAUGCCAACCUGAGGAACCCCUGGUUCCCCGAGUUCUGGCAGCACCGAUUCCAGUGCCGGUUGAGGGGACAUCCGCAGGAGAGCACCAUGUACAACCGCACCUGCACCUGGAGAGAGUCUCUGCGCCAUCAGUAUGCCCAAGACACCAAGAUGGGCUUUGUCAUAAAUGCCAUCUAUUCCAUGGCUUAUGGCCUACAUGCCAUGCAGCAAGCCCUCUGUCCAGGAUAUAAGGGUUUGUGUGAGAACAUGCGGCCCAUCGAUGGCCGCAAGCUGCUGGAUUUCCUGAUGAAAACCAAUUUUACAGGCGUAUCCGGGGAGAUCAUCCACUUUGACCAGAACGGAGAUUCACCUGGCAGGUAUGAAAUCAUGAACUUCAAGCGCAUAGGCGAGGAUGAGUAUGCUUACAUCCACGUGGGAAGCUGGGAUCAGGGGGGCCUAAAGAUGAACGAGGAGGAGAUCUGGAGUAACAACAGUGACAUCAUCCAGUCAGUCUGCUCUGAGCCCUGCCAGAAGGCACAGAUCAAGGUGAUCCGUAAAGGAGAGGUGAGCUGCUGUUGGACCUGCACUCCCUGCAAGGAGAAUGAGUUUGUUUUUGAUGAGUACACUUGUCGAGCCUGUGUUCUGGGCUCCUGGCCUACAGAUGACCUCACUGGUUGUGAGCCAAUCCCGGUGCAGUAUGUGCGUUGGGGGGAUCCAGAGCCCAUCGCUGCAGUGGUCUUCUCCUGUCUGGGCCUCAUGGCUACACUUUUUGUUACUUCUGUCUUUAUCAAAUUUUGGGACACUCCUGUGGUCAAGUCAUCCAGUCGUGAGCUCUGUUACAUCAUCCUGGCUGGAAUAUGUCUGGGCUACCUGUGCACCUUCAGCCUUAUCGCCAAGCCCCACAUAAUCUACUGCUACCUCCAGCGGCUGGGAAUCGGCUUGUCCCCUGCCAUGAGCUACUCCGCUUUGGUCACCAAGACCAACCGCAUUGCACGGAUCUUGGCAGGCAGCAAGAAGAAGAUCUGCACCAAGAAACCUCGCUUUAUGUCCGCCUGCGCACAAUUGGUCAUCGCCUUCCUACUCAUAUUGCUGCAGCUGGGGAUUAUUGUGGCACUUCUUAUCAUAGAGCCACCACAGGUGAUCUAUGACUACCCCAGUAUCCGUGAGGUACACUUGAUCUGUAAUCUGACCACUCUGGGGGUGGUGGCGCCGCUGGGCUACAAUGGCCUGCUUAUCCUCAGCUGUACCUUCUACGCCUUCAAGACUCGUAACGUACCUGCUAAUUUUAAUGAGGCCAAGUAUAUUGCCUUUACCAUGUACACCACCUGUAUCAUCUGGCUGGCAUUUGUUCCUAUUUACUUUGGCUCCAACUACAAGAUCAUAACCAUGUGCUUUAGCGUCAGCCUCAGUGCCACAGUGGCUCUUUGCUGCAUGUUUGUCCCAAAGGUUUACAUCAUGCUUGCCAAGCCUGAGAAAAAUGUCCGGAGUGCUUUUACAACAUCCACGGUGGUGCGCAUGCAUGUAGGUGAUGCCAAAAAAGCUGCCAAGUCUGGCAAGUCCUCUAGCAGCAUGGCUAAUUUGUUUCGACGUCGUGGAUCUGCACAGGACAACAUCAGUUCCAAUGGGAAAUCAGUGACGUGGGCGCAGAAUGAGCGCAGCUACAGGCCAAACCUAUGGAAGAGGAUGUCAUUCCAUGUCAAGAAGAAAGACACAGUGGAGGCAAACCAGACAGCCAUCAUCAAACCCUUCUCUAAGGGAGGAGAUAUACCUCCAGACACUUCUGUCAAAGAGCAGUACGAAGAACCACAGGUGUCUCAGUCCUUCACCUGCUCGCCUUCUCAGUCACCUCUGCCCACCAUCAGCCACCAUGCAGCGAAGGCAAGGGGUGUCCAGGGAGGAGAGGCCGGAGAGGAGCCACAAGCUGUACCCACUUAUGUACCUGAGCAUGGUGCUGGGGUCAGAAGAAGAGGCGGGGACAACAGCCAGGGUGUUGGUAUGGCAGAUGGCGGGGACAUUAGCGUCAUACCCAUAGGUGUUGGUGACAUCGGCAUAGGGAUGAUUGGCAGUCAAACUCAGGGCACCACCAUCAUGGACCAAAUCAGCUGUGUGGUUAACCGUUUCACUGCCAACAUCAGCGAGCUCAACACCAUGAUGCUGCCAGGGGGAGCCACUGUCAGCCCCACCUCCACCGCUGCUCGGCCUGCAGCUGCGGAUGCCGCCCCUUGCCCUCCUCAGUACCUCACAUCCAGAAACAGGCAAGCCCCCUCCACUGUCACCACUUAUGCCGAGGUAGUGGCUGUUUCCAAUUUCUGUGAGAAUCGACCAGCGGGUAAGAUUUACGAGCACCUGGCCGGGUCUUGUGUGGGUAGCAGACGAGCCAAGGAUAUGGAAGAGCUGGUGUCUCUGACGCCUCCGUCCCCUUUUAGAGACUCAUCUUUGAGCUCAAAUGGCAGCUCACCACCCUCGCUGUCCCCGGCCUCUGAGGCCGAAUAUGACCAGCUGCUGCUGAGACACUACAGCCAGAGCUCAUCCUCUCUCUAAACCUGCUCCCUCUACACCUUCUUCCCUCGUUUAUCCUCUAAUUGGAGUAUUUGAAACUCUAAGAAACAAAGCUUCAGACUGGACCAAACUCUUGGAUGCCUUUCUACAUGUGGAUAUUCUGAGUGUUUAAGCAAUUCAUUUUCAGAUUGGAUCAAAUGCACCCACACAUGCCUAUGUUGAGAGAACUGAGAGAAAAGUCUCCGAGUAGAAAACUUGACAAACUGAAACACACAUAUGGGCAUUUUACAGAUUUUUCAAUGCUAUACACAGGUUUCUAACUCAGUCUUAAACCUCUCAAAUUCCAAAGAAAAUGCUGAUUCAUUAUAAAAUGGUUAUUAAUCAUCAGUGGGGGAAAUUUACCAAAUAUUUUUGUUCAGUGUUUCCUUGGAUUAUGCUAAAAUGGCUCACAUACCGAAUCUCAAAAUGGCAUUUGAUUUUUUUUUAGGUAAGUGCAGGUCUUAGAACACUAAAAAUAGAUGUAUUUCAGUUGUAUAUUUUGCAUCAUCUAUUAUCAUUAACACAUAAGACGUGAUUUGUUUUUUUUUUAUUGCCUAUAUUAUAGCUGUACAUGUGAUGUUUUUGUUACUGAUAAAUUCCCCUAACCUUUAAAUAUUUUGAGACCCAGCUGGAUCCAGGUUGGAUUUUGACAUAAAGGCAUCUGUCCAGAAGAAAACAGCUCAAAGAACUUUGCCUGGAAAGUAAAGCAUGACACAUUUAUCCUGCCCUCUAAUUUGUUGUCAAUCCUGGAAGACAUAAGUAUCAUUUGUAUGCUGAUGCUUACGGAGAAAGUGUACAGCUGCUGCAUUAUAACUACAAAUCAGGGAGCAGUUUUUAGUUGUUGUUUCCCUUUUCCUGGAAAGAAAACAUUUACUGAGGUUGAAAAUGAAAACCUUCCCCUGCUGAGAGGACAGGAGCUCUUCACACCUCAAGGGAAUGUAAGACAUUGUCUCGAUGGACGUCACCAGGUCAUCGGGUGUCUAACCCACAAAGAGCUUAUGGACUAUUUGGAUGUCUUCUUUGAUUCUUUUCUCUAGAUGUGACUCAGUUGAAUGUAAGAUAACCUGUCAUCAUAUGAAGUGGACCAAAAUGAUCUUCCACCUCAGGAUGUGUCUGAACCAAAAUACUUUCUGAGCACUGUCACCUGCUGGCUCGAAAUGUUUCUAGUUUGCAUGAUGUCAAGAUUUGUUUGCUCUCUUAGACUUAUAUUUGCAAUGAAUUACUUUUUAAUAUUGCACAUGUCAAACCAAUUAAGAUAAAUAGAUGCAGUAGCAAGGUAAUGAUACUAUAUUAGUGAUAUUGAUGUGUUAUUAAGAUUAGUUGUCGGAGGAGAGAAGUGGACUGGAUGUGUGCCAGAUGUCUCAGACAUCUAUUGCAAAACAGUCUGGCUUUUUACCUACAUAUGUGCCAAUGUCUCCCUGCAGUAAAAAUGACAUUGUAUUUCUGUAAGUGGGCUCACAUUGAGAAUCCUACUGUGAGCCAGGUUAGAUUCUAAUCUCUCAAACACUUCUGCCAUAAGGAGGAUAUUAUUUUUUUAUAAUAUUUUAUGACAUUUUCGACUAUGUUAUUUCGUAUGCUCGAACAUAUUCAAUGAAUAUUCGUUUUUUUUUUUAUUGUUUUUUUGUAUCUGCAUUUUCGAUUUUGGCUUCUCUGAGGAUGUAGAUGAAUGAUAGUAUAGAUUCACAGGCUUGUAAUUUUUCCACUUCUAACUAUGAUGUAACUAAUGGUGGUCGACAGCUAUUUUUUAUUUUUUUUGAGUUUGGCUUCAGUCCUUUAUUCCUAUGUUUACACAGGCAGGAAUGUUUUCAUGUUUUUCGAAAUGUGCAGUAUUUUUUACUGGUUUUCAAUGUAAAAAUCAUCAUAGGCAGUUGCCAUAUUUGCAUGCAGGUUUGUGCCAAUUUAAAUUUUGCAGGUUACUACAAUGCUUGAUGCCAACAAUUCACUGAUAUAAUCUACAGAAGACUUCUGUCUUGGUCUUAUCUUUUCAUCUGCCUUGCAGAUAGCCUGAAUUUACUAUUUAGAUUUGUGCUGCAUUAAAGGUUUCCAUCCAAAAUGCUAUACAUUUUAUGACAAUUAUCUUUAAUUCAUUGUCAGUGCUUCUUAUUUACACUGUAGAAAUGUCAUUGACAGAAAUUAAAAUAGAAAUUCUCCAUUGCAAUAACAGGAAUAACACUUUAUUUCACUAUUAAAAAAUCUAAAGCAUAACUAUAGCUGGAAGAAAGGGUGUCAAAAUGACUUAUCAUUAAAUUAUAUUAGUAUAUCAUGCUUCUUUUUUUCCCUGCUGUAACCACUUUAUAAGAAUUUAGGAAAAGGAAUCCCUUAGCUGAACG